UAUAUUUGCUGUGAUUACUUAGCAAAUUUCUUAUCAGAUAUUGAAUCGACAGAUAUUGAGACGAUCGCCGCCGUUCGUGUUAAAGUGUAAUGUAAUAUUUGUGAAUAUAAACAUCUUAGGAUUGUUAAAAUUUAUUAUACUUUAAUCUGGUGUUUUAAGUUAUUGUAAUGUCAUUUUCGGGAAAGAAAUUCAGGAGAGUAAGAGCAGAAAAUGUUGAAGAAUUGCUGAAAGUGUCAAAGACCAACGAGAACGUAGCUCGCAUGCUUCAGAACACAUUACCCACAUUCUCGUUCACAAGAAUCGAUGAUGUAACCUUUACGUUCCACCUGCAGACUGAUAACCGCCAGAUGAACGUUACAUUUAAAUUGGGAGAGGAGACUGAAUUAGAAAGAAGAGAUGGCUCAAAGGUAAAAGUGACAUACACAUUAGAAGGAGAUAAUGUUCUGAAACAAGUAAUAAAGUCACCAGACGGAAAGAUAUCUUAUUUUAAAAGAGAUUUCGGAGACAAAGACAUGAUAAUGACAAUUACUAUGGAUGGAACUGAUGUUGAAGCAAAAAUAUAUUACGAACUAGUAGAAUAAAUUGUGUUUAAUAAAAAUCGUUGUUUAUUAAUAUAACCUAACCUUUACCUGUGCAAACUUGACGUCGACUACAGCAAAGUCUUACCAUAGAGGUUCAAUGAAAGAA